AAUAUACACGGAAGAGGAGGAGGCGGAGGCUGUAGCCACUCAGUGAGGUACAAAGAGCCUGGUAUUCACCUUUAAAUCCGUCCAUUUAAAAAUACACUUCCCACUCCCGGCGCUGGUUCUAAUGGAUACAACCUUCUACCUGAACACAGAGGUGGACAUCAGUCAGCGGGUUUAAGCUGACAAGGCAGGAAAAAAAAAUACAAUCUUCUUCACAUCGUUGAAAAGAGUUGCGGGUUCCCCUCUGGUCUAAGUGCUCAUGCCUUCUUUUUCACCACAUGGUGCAAUGAACAGCAACGUGAGCUGUGGGACUGAAGCAAUUUUCACAUCAGACUGUCAUUUCUGCCAACUACCAUCUGCAUCGCUGUUUUACCCGUUGACGUUAUCCUGGUUUGAUACAGUCGGUCCCCCCCCCGGGCUCCGCAGACACGCUGCGCUGAUGGGGGACACAGGGUCGCGGCGAUCCACGCUGGUCUCCAGGCUUCCGAUAUUCCGGCGCAGCUCCUCGAAGCGGCGCGACUCCCUGCCGUCGUCGCCGUCCUCUGCGACCAACGGGGUGCACACCUCCUCGCCGUCGAGCACCAACUCGAGUUCGAGCAGCAUGGGGAAGCGCAGGAACAUCUUCCGCACCGCCUCCAUCGGCUUCCACGGCAGGAAAGCCGCGGGCGAGCCUCGCGCUUCGACGCUGUGUAACGGUCAGAGCAACAGCCCCGGGGAAGAGGGCGCGAGGGCGAGGGGCCGCCACGCGUUCGGCCUGAGCGUCGUCGCACGCGGCAAGAAGAUCACACGCUCGGCCACGGAGGACUUCGAGAAGGGGAAGGAGCUCAACAAGAGCGUCUUCAUGAACUGCCUCAGCUCGGGGAGGUCCAGCGUGGACGAGGGUGACGACUCGGGCUUUCCCGAUGACCGUCCGGCCAAGCAGCGCAGCCGGAAGCUGCUUCCCCGAUCCUUCUCCACGCAUCACAAACUGUCCAAACCCGCUGCCGCGCGCAGCCCGCCCGCCGAGCAGCCCGUCCACGUGAUGCCUCAGGCCAACGAGCUCGUGCCCAGGGGCCCCGCGCUCGAGGAAUGCUCCAAGUACCUGCAGGUGGACAACGCCGAGGGCUCCCUGCAUUCGCCGCUCCUGUCCAGCGACAACACGACUAUCCUCACCCCUUCCGAGUUCGUGCCCGUCUCCGCAGACUCUGUCUCCGAGGUGGACAGGGAGCUGCUGGGCUGCCGGCCUGCCCCGAGUCUGACCGAGCUCGGACCAGCCCUCUCCGGCACCCCCCUGGACUUUCUCGGCCCUGCCGCUGAAGCUGCUGCUCCUCACCUCUGCCCCACCGAGGAUGUCCUUCCCCUCCGGGAGACUGCGCUGCUGUCUGAUGUGGAGCCCCGUACCCCUCACGCUGAAGUUUGCCCACCCGGUAUCGAUUGCCUGGAGAUGAAGGGGAGCUGUGAAAGUGACGGCCGGCCGACCCAGCUACCCGGAGCUGUCACUCCGAGCGUCCCUUCUGUCAAACAUCAGCUGUCCUUCACACAAAACGGCCUGGAGGCGACAAAGAUCUCCACUGAGAAGGCGUAUAAGUUAUCCAUCACAAACUCCAUCCCCAUGAUUAAACCUCAAGACCAGUGUCAAGGAACAUCUCAUUCCACAGUGACUGUGAACAGGACAUUCAGUCCGCGCCAUGAGGAGAAGUGGGUGGAGAGGCGCCUGAGGUCAUCCUCUGAGGGCACGUCUGGACGGCGAUUGAGCCAUGGAGUCAGAGACGGGCGAGUUGAAGAAUUGCACAGCCUAAAGGGACAAAGAGCAGGCUCUUCAUCAUCCAAGAUGAACAGCAUGGAUGUCCUGAAUAGAUUAGGAUCCUGUGACCUAGAUGAAGAUGACCUAAUGCUGGACUUGGAGUUUCUGGAGGAUCAACACCAUCAGUGUGACAGGGAUACCAGCAAACAUUUUGUGUGCCGGGAAGACUCUAAUCAAUCCAUCAAAUCGUGUGUGGAGAUUCUACACGUACCCACUGAACUCAAGAUGAAGAUUGAAAGACCAAAGGUCCCAGAGACUCCAAAAGAACUACCAUUUGUCCAGUCUUCAAAAGAAGGUGAGCUUUGUGAAUCUAGACCUCUUCGGUACAACCACUGGCUGAGUGCUGCAUCUUCAGACUGGUCCCUUCUGAGGGAGGAUGAGCCUGGUGGUGGUCUGGAAGCCAUGUCCUUGAGGUUGAUGAUGCAGGACUGCACCGCAGUAAAGACAAUGCUUCUCAAAUUGAAGAGGAUUCUCCAGGAGAGUGUGGAGAUGAGUCCUGCCAGCAGCACGCAUUCGCUUCCAGUCAGUCCCAUCACUGAGAUGCCCAUUCCUUUUAAGGAUCUGAAAGAUGAAAGUUCGCUUCUUCGGCUUCAAUUGAAGGAGAAAGACGAACUGAUCUCCCAACUUCGGGACGAACUUGAUCGCAAUCGAAGGGCACAUUCCUCACGAGCGGACAAGUCCACACAGACAGAGGUUCUCAGUCAUGAUCCUACAUAUCUAAACAGAACUGUGAGCCAAACACUCAGCACAAGGGACAGAAGAUUAGUACCUAUUCCCACCGAGGACCCGUGUAAAUAUUCAUCGCCCAGCCAAGCAGCUGCUCAUGAUGGUAAAACCUGUCAAGUUUCAAAUGUAUAUGUUGGGCGCUAUCAGAAGACACAAGAAGUUGGACGAGGAGCCCAGUGUAAAAAUGGCGUGGUUGAGGCCUCUUCCGUGGAACUGGCAGAAAACAUUCAGAGUAAUGGAGCUUGCAGCGGUUCCACACAGAGUAAAAUCAAGACCACGGUCAAUGCGGGAGAAGUCUUGGAACUGAUGAAUGGCCGGAAGGAUCAAGUUACUGUGCCCAGGCAGCAAUCUGUAUUUGUAGGCCGACUUGGACAGCCCCCUCGUGGACCGCUGUCCUUGCACAUGUAUAGCCGAAAGAAUGUUUUCCUCCAACACAGUUUGUACACCUCUGACUUGCAGGCUUUGGGCCAGAAAGAUGGCUAAGUUGUUCCCUAAGCCCUUGACAGAGAUACGAAAUGUGUAGCUGCUUUUUUCCUGGCAGAAAGCUACCCAGGUACUGAAGGGUAAUCCCUUCCGAAACUCACCAAGCCUUUUGACACCGCUGCCUCCUACAUCCUCCAAGACUUCGUUGGCCUCUCUGGUUUUCAUAGCUGAUCCUAUCCAAAAAAGUAAAAGAUGAUAAAGCCAUUUUCCACACGAACCUUAAUCUAAACUGUACCAAGGUGAUGGUCGAUACCUUUCACUGGGGAAAGAGAGGGGAUGAGGGACUAACUGAAUAGUUCUUUCAAAGAGCUAACAUAUGUGUGAUGGCCCAAAUGGUAUCCUUCUAUGCUAUAUGAUACAAAUUGAACUUAUGAGUAAAUGGUCCCAUCAUAUGAAGAACAAGAGUCAACAUGGUAUUAUAUAGUGCUCCUAAGCAGUUCCUUCCUGUACCAGUUGUUUAAAAAAGGGGGAAAAAAAAGAAUGUUUUAAUGGAUAAAAUGCAUUUGUAUGUGGAAACUAUUUACUUUUAGAUGAAGCAAGCAUGUUAAAAAUUAACUGCAUUUUCUGAACAUUUAGACUUUUCUCAAGAUGGCAUGCUUUGGUGAUGAGAAACGUCAACCUAUUUUAUUACUAAUUCCAUUGACUCACGCUGACAAGGCAAGAAAAUAAUGUGUAAGGUGCUGUCUUUUGUAGUUGGUGAAUGGAAGAGUUGUUCGUAACUGCAAAUGUGCCAGUUUCAAAAGACAGAGGGCCAUUUAAAAGAGAAGGAAGCCCUCCAGCUAAAGCCAUUUCUCCAAAGCCUCGUGUUAUAUUUUUCAAAAAGUGACUUGGACUGCAACAAAGUAAAAAAAGCUAGUUUUCUAUCUUUAACAGGAGGCUGGAAAUAUGUACAAGAUCCUUAUUUUCCCCUCCCCUCUGACUCAUCAAACUAAAUUUUGUCAAAAAUUAGCUAAUUUUAAGAUAUAGGUCUCAAUUCUAUCUUCCCAAACUGUCCAGUUCAAAAUGCUCGGUUAAAACAGUAUAUUUCAAAAUGUUUAUCUCCAUGCCCACACCAAUCUUAUAUAUUCUUAGCACUGCAUAAUAUCCGCUGACAGUGGAAUUAUUUCAAUUAAAUGAAGAUUUCCCAUGCCCUGCAAUACUAUAGUGUCUCCAUAAUCAGUUAAUAGGACACAGUGGUGCUUUGCUAUUUUUGGAAAGAGUUGGCUGGAAGUACUUUUGGACCAUAGGUUGAGGAUAAUCCCUUGAAUGAAGUAAGGGUGUUAGCGUCCCUGUAUUUCUAGCAAGCAAAGUUUACUUGUCUGGUUUUCAUUGACUGAAAACCUGGUUUAGUGUUCUCCCAACCAACUACUUCCCAUAUCCAAAUAUCCCUGUCCCGAGCCACACUUUAUCUCACCCGAUCCCACUUAUUCCAAUUUACCCAUUCAUAUGCCUGAAUUACAUAAUUGCAACUCCAUUUUCCAUAUCCCAAUCUUGUCAUCAUUUUGCCAGCUACUGUUUACAAUCUGAGUUAUAUUGCAGGAAGGAAACAAUACUAUAUUGGUUAACCAAAUAUUAUGGUUCCCAGACAUUUUUUUCUUGAAAUGUCCCUUUUCAAAUGUAUUAUUGAUUUGUCACCUCUUCCAAGUCAGUCUGUAACAUACAUCAGUUUGACCAUGUAUUUGUUCAUCAGCAAUAAUGCCUCCUUGUGUGGCUCAGUGUUUUAUAACACUCCUGUAAAUCACCUUGGGAACAUUUUGUUAUGAUAAAGGUACAAAAUGAUGCACAAUUCUUGUACAGGUAAAAAUCCAAAAGAUCCUUAGACAGCACCUUACAAACCAUUGACCACUUGCAUCUAGAAGGACAAGGGCAGCAGGUACAUGGGUACACCAGCUGUUGUAAGUUCUCCCCCAAGCCAUUCACCAUCCUGUUUAGAAAUAUAUUGGUGUUCCUUCCCUAUUGCUGGGGCAAAAUCUUGGAAUUCCCUCCCUAAGGGCAUUGUGGGUCAACCCACAGCAUGUGGACUGCAGCAGUUUAAGAAGGCAGUCUCACUACCACCUUCUCAAGAGAAAUCAGGGACAGGCAAUAAAAUGCUGGCCUGCCAGAAAUAUUCACACCACAUGAGUGAAAAACAAUUACAUUAGUCUCCAUCCAAGUAAAUAGUUUCUAAUCUAUUUCAUAUCAUUUUUCCCUCAAUCAUCUAUCCAACCUAAUCUUGAAUGUUAACAUAAAGGUCAAUUUGCACCUUCUGUGUUGAUAAUGCAGACAACAGCAAGUUGGCUUCACUGAAUACAUCCUAUCUAAUUUUCCUUAGCUGGACAUUUUUCUCCCACUACAAAAUUUGAAAAUAGAUCCUACAUUUUUGCUUCAACUAUCAAUGCUGGAAAUUAACUUCGCACCUUCACGGUGUUAGUGUCAAGAGUUUCUCUUGCUGUCUGCUCUGAUCACUUUUCAUUCAUCUUGAACCUAUGACUUCCUCACUCUCCCGUCCCCAAAAGCUAGAAAUGUUUUGUAUCUAUCUGUAAGUCUCACCUGCUUAUCAUAUUAAAAUAUGUUCAUAUCAUACUUUAAACUAAGUUUUCUAAAAAGAAAAAAAAUUAUUUCCCAAUUUUCCAAAUACCAAGAUGCUUUCUGGUUAAAUUGUAUGACAUCCAACAUCCUUCCUGUAUAUGAAACCUAUGCUGCACACAUUCAUUGAAAUCUUAUUACAAACAAACUUAUAAUUAGUAACUACAUCAGAGGCAGCUAAUACUUUAAAAUUCCAUCAAAAUUAGAACUCAGCUCCCCGUCUCCCACUAGGUUAAGUGCUUUGGAAUGUUUGAAUUGCAGCCAAACUUUCAUAACAACUUCAACUGUUAUCAUGACCCUUGGCAAUGUCAACAAUAGCUUCUAUUGAAACGUGUUUUUUUUCGAAGCUACACCAGAUAGCCUACUAAUCAAUACAUCCUGGCAACCAGUGAUUUUGUUUUCAUUCUAAUUGACAGCUGCAGCCUUUUAUUUUCUUAUUUAGAGGAUUGAGAAUUGAAAUAACUUCAGUUCAAGACAUUUAAUACAUCUUCUCCAUUUUUCAAGAUCAUUUAGGUCGACUCCAUGAAUCUGUGAUCCCCACACUACAGGUUUAGAUCUUUAGAUCAGCAAAUCUGUGGUCUGUUUGAACUCAGCAGUAAUUUCCAAGUUUGGAUUUACCUUUUUCUUUAUUCAUGCCCCAGUCAUUCUCCUCCUAGCAAAAAAUGAGCUCUGUCAGAAAUGGUCAAGGAACACCCACAUUUGGGUUCGGCUGCCAAUUUUCAAUGCCACUGAACUUGGCCCAAAUCCUUAUAAAUCUGCUGCCUCAUCUCUAUUCCCUACCUUAUUAAUUUUUAAUCCAGUUUGUUUCUUUUUCCUCCAUAAUCACUUGUGUGGUAUUUCGGAAAAAUUGUCCUCCAAAAUUACCCCACUAGCAAGUUCUUGCCAGCAUUGUUGCUUCAAGAACAUUGCCACUUAUUGUGCAUUUCAUUUUCUUGCUUCUUCAAUCCAGUCUUAUGACUUCAAACUUCUUUUUUCACUUCCAUCUACAUUAUGUGAAAUGACUGGGACUGUCCCACUAUCUUUAGAUUAUUUUACAUUGGUUAGGAUUGUUGACACUUGACACAAUUUGGUUUGAACUGCGAAAUUCUCCGAGUUAUCUAAAAAGAUUGAAAUCAACAGUGGCCCCAAAAGGUAACCCCCAAGGAGACUUAACUUGCAACUUUCCUCCUCUCAGACAUGUUCCCAAUCACCACGACCUUAGCUUUUGACAUUCCAGUUACAAACUAAUCCACCACAACAUUUUACCAUCCAUUUUCCACUGACGUUCACUGUUGAAGUAAGUUUGUUAUGUGAGAUUGUGUGUAAUGCAUGGGUGGGUUAGCUCAGUUGGAUUGAUGACUGAUUUGUGUUGCUCAGUAAAGCCAGCAACAGGGGCUCAAUUCCAACAUGAGCUAAAGUCAUCAUGAAGACUCUGUGUUCUCGAUCCUUGCCCCUCACCUGAGGCAUGGAGUAUUCCUCAUUAUCUAAAAAGGAGAGAGCAGCCUAUGGCCCUCUGGGACUACAGUGACUUUCAGAUAGCCUCAUCUUUCUCUUCCCUCACCUUUUCCAGAUCUUUCAUCUCAAAACUGUGGCAUGCCCUUUUUGAAGCUGCUCGGGCUAUCACAGAGUCAAUAGAGCUGUACAGCAUGGAAACAGACCCUUUGGUCCAACACUGUCCAUACUGAUCAGAUAUCCUAAAUUAACCUA